AUUACUGAUCCGCUGGUUCAAAUGAUUGAGUGAAGUACGGAGAGCCGAGCAGACAAUGGAGAAGAACGCGACACGGAGACUCUGCUGAAAGACUUCUCUGCGUGUUUACUCUCCUCUCGAACACAUCCAACUACUUUGGAUAGUCGCCGUUCUCUCCCUCUCUCUCUCUCUGUCUCUCUUUCGCUUUUAUUUUUUUACAUUUAUUUUUUUUCUUUGCCUUUGAAACGGACGCAUAGCUGCACCACAUCCGAGGUCAUCAUGCCUCCCACGACCCCAUACGCUGGAAAGUUCAGCUCCUGCGCUCCUUACAGCAACAACAACAAUCAUCCGCAACCUCAGAGUCCGUACCGCAACGGCAGCGGCCCCAAACCCGCCAGGGAGAACAUCUACAACGGGAACUACUCGGCCGCGGAGAACCCUUACGACAUCCCGCAGCCGCACAGCGCGUACCGCAGCGCCUCCGUCUCCUCCGUCAACGCCAAGGAGCAUCACUACAGCGGCGGCUACGGCGUCUCGGAGAACCCGUACUCGCCGCCGCCGCCCCACAGCCCCCGCCAGCACAGCACUUCCUGUCCGGGCCGCGCCUACCGCCACACCAGCGGCAGCAGCAGCAGCAACGGCGGCGGCAGCAGCGGCAGCGAGCAGUCCUGCCGCAACGGCUCGGCUCUGACCAAGGCCAGGCUGCACGGACACGGCAUCACCGCCAGCUACGGCGAGAUGUGCUACCACGACAACAGCCUGGUCUCCGCCUCCCUGGAGGCGCUGAUCCAGCACCUGGUCCCCACGGUGGACUACUACCCUGACAGGUCGUACGUGUUCACGUUCCUGCUGAGUUCUCGCCUCUUCCUGCACCCGUACGAGCUCAUGACGAGGGUCUGUCAUCUGUGCGUGGAGCAGCAGCGGUCUGGAGAUGCCCUGCUGGAUAAGAUCCGUUUCCGCGAAGUGGCGCCCAAGCUGGUGCAGCUGUUGACCGAGUGGACGGAGACGUUCCCGUACGACUUCAGGGACGAGAGGAUGAUGCGCUGCCUCAAGGACAUGACGCACCACGUGGCGCGCGGCGACGAGUACUCGUGGCGAGCCAUGCAGCAGAUGACCCAGCGCCUCAUCAAGCGCCUGUCCGCCCUGGGGCAGUACGAGGAGGCCGUGGCGGCGCUCAACGCCGUGGCCAUGGAGCGGCCCGCCUCCCUGAAGAGCAAGCAGGCCUCGGCCCAGCGGAGCGACGUGCUGAGCGUGUGCGACGACCCCUUCGUCCUCGCCCAGCAGCUCACGCACAUCGAGCUGGACAGACUGAGUUUUAUCGGCCCUGAGGAAUUCAUCCAGACGUUUGCCAUGAAGGAUCCUCUGGAGAACCACAAGGGUUUCUUCCGGAAGCGUAAAACCAGCAACCUGGAGGCCUACGUCAACUGGUUCAACAGGCUGAGCUACCUGGUGGCCACUGAGAUCUGCAUGCCAGUGAAGAAGAAACACCGAGCGAGGAUCAUAGAGUUUUUCAUCGACGUGGCUCAGGAGUGCUUCAACAUCGGCAACUUCAACUCCCUCAUGGCCAUCAUCACCGGGAUGAACAUGAGUCCUGUGGCCCGACUGAAGAAAACCUGGAACAAAGUCAACACUGACAAGUUCGAGAUCCUGGAGCACCAGAUGGACCCCUCCAGCAACUUCAGCAACUACCGCACGGCGCUGCGCGGCGCCACCCAGAGGUCCGAGACGGCGCACAGCAGCCAGGAGAAGAUCGUGAUUCCUUUCUUCAGUCUGCUCAUCAAAGACAUCUACUUCCUGAACGAAGGCUGCGCCAACAGGCUGGCCAACGGACACAUCAACUUCGAGAAACUCUGGGAACUCGCAAAGCAAGUGAGUGAGUUCCUGGUUUGGCGUCAGGUCGUGUGCCCCUUCGACAGAGACCGCCGGAUUCUCCAGUAUCUUGUCACAACGCCGGUUUUUACCGAAGACGAGCUGCAUCUGGCCUCAUAUGAGAGCGAAGGACCGGAGAACAACAUGGAGAAAGACAGCCGCAGGUCUCUGAGAUCGUCUCUUCUCCAUCGAGAGAAUCGCUCGUAAGAGAGCGAGACGGCCUUCUGCGCUUCAGACUGUAAAUGUAUCAAGUGUUAAGAAGCUACGGACUCAUCUUUAUUGACCUUGUGGAUGCAUUUUCUCGGGGCCAAAGUUGUGGUCUUGGACUUAAAAUGCAGUUUUUACAUGCCAAGAAAUACUUCUGGGACCACAUCCUCACAAGAAUCAUGAAUGAUUGAUGAAUCCGGCACAGGAAACGUCUCUGAUGAAGUUCUCCCAGUGCCAAAAACCUCCGUGCUGCUGCCUCGAUCGCCCUCGGUCCCGAGGAGUCUCCACUCUACACACCCCGGUUUCCUUAACACAGCCACGAGUUGUGCAUUUUCUCCGACAUCAGCUCUGUCCCAGGCACUCACAGGACUUCGGGGGUGGUGGUAUCACCCCGUCACUGGCCACGCCCGCCUCUCUUUGCAGAAACGUGGAGGGAGAGACGGCCACGGACCUGAUUAAUGCGUGCUGGCGGCCCCGCAGCACUGCUGAGGAUCUCCGGAGAGCUCGGACAUCAGAGCCGACUGGCCUCCAUCUGUACCAUAAAUCACAGGCUGCUUCUAACGUCGUCCGGCUGCACGCCACGUGGAGCACGGCGCUCUGCACGCUUGCUCCCGCUUUGCACAGUCACUCGAGACACACUACGUUUCUUUUUUAUCGGUGGGUUCUGGACGUAUUGUGACGUUGUGCACUUUGACUCUGUCGGUGUGUGAGUGACUGCGACGUCGCGCUGGUCAUGCAAACUGAAUGGAAAAUGCACUUCAGUGUGUUCCGGCGUUGUGUAUCAUAGGACUCCAGCGACUCCGAUCUGCAGGCGUCUUUCUAUACUAUAGUAUUAACUUGUAUUUUGUAUCAGAAAGCUUGUGGUUUGUUUUUGUAAUGUACUUUUUUUUUUUUUUUUGCCAAGAGCUUGUUGCUGGUUGGCUGGCUCUGUGUUUGCUAAGCUAUAUAACACCAGUUCAUGUGUGAUGAGAUUUUGGUGUGAUUGAAGCACAAUUGGUUGUGUGUGUGUGUGUGUGUGUGUGUGUGUGUACCAGGUGCAGCUUAACCCUCGUCUUCCCCUCUCUCACCCGCCCUGGUGACGUGAGCGUGACGUGAUCGAUCCUCUCCGAUUCUAGCUAGGCGUGAACGUGAUGCCACUUUUUUCCUUUUUAUGUUUCAAAGACACUCAUUUAUGUUUCAUUCCUUUUUCUAUGUCAUAUAUGCUUUUUUUAAAAAAACUAUUUUUUGUGUAUCACUCGUGUCACCAGUCAGGGUACUUGUACUGAAGGUCUUUGUGAAAAGAGAAAUAUAUUUUUUUUCCUUUCAAAUAAACAGAAAAACAGA